UAUACGAAGUUAACUUUUGAACUUAACCGGAAAAAUAAAUGAGCUGCGGCAAUGAAAUUAAAUUCAACUGAAGUAGGCUAAGUAGCGGAUACAUCAUUUACUACUCAAAAUGUACUGUAGUUGGCUUACCUGUCAGCUACCGAGGAGAAGUCCAGACAGAACGUAUCAUCUCAUUGUCCAUGUUUAUUGGUUGAUCGUAAAAGUGAAGAACGUCGCUGUGAUAUCCUUAAGUCUCAAGUCGAAAGGCAGCUUACUAUUAAGUACGGUCAGUCUUGCAUUUGGCCAUUCACGAUCGAUAGCACUCGCCUGAGGGUAAAAAGGUAAAAGUAAUCAAAGUGAUGUGAUAAAAGCUGUCAGAAGUACUGAGAUGACGCACAGGAGUGUACCUGCGAUUUCUGAAGUUGCAGUGACGGGUUUCACAGUAGCGUUGAGCUUGGACCCUUAACUGCGUCUCGGGGUCGCUCAAGAACUGUAAAUGUGUCCAACGCUUGGCGUCUGGGACUAAACUGCGGCUUGCCCCCUGACUAUGGAAACGGAGAUUGUGGAUGGCUAUCUGGCGAGUAACGGCGAACGCUCCCCCAGGAAGGAGCACGCGAGGAUGCUGGUGGACCUGUCAAUCAGCAGCACACCCAAUGGGCAGCAUUCCCCCAAUGCUCACGCAAUCAAGCAGGAAGAGGCAACAGAGGAGGAAGGGGAGAAGAGAUCCCUGGCUGUAGAAGAGGCGGGCCAAAGCGGGGAGGAAGGCUCGGGAUUGGAGGAGCCCCUGAUUGACAGCCCCAUCGACCUGCAGGACGGGGGGUCGGGGGCGGAUGGAGCAGGAGAUGGCGGUGCACGGCUCUCAAACGGUGAGAGGCCCUUCCUCUGUAACCAGUGCGGCGUGGCCUUCACUCAGAAGGGGAACCUGCUGAGACACAUCAAGCUCCACACCGGGGAGAAGCCCUUCAAGUGCCCCUUCUGCAGCUACGCCUGUCGCCGUAGAGACGCCCUGACGGGGCACCUGCGCACGCACGCCGUGGGAAAACCGCACAAGUGCAACUACUGUGGGCGGAGCUACAAACAGCGCACGUCAUUGGAGGAGCACAAAGAGCGAUGUCAUAAUUACCUGCAGAGUGGCAACAUGGACUCCGCCCAAAAUCCUGGACCGUACCAAGGGGACAUACUGAAGGAUCAGAAGCCCUCCAUGGAGGCCAUGUCCAUGGCUCCGUUCGACCGGCCGCCCGUCAUCGAGAGACUGCAGGGCAGCUUGGGCAAGAGGAAGAGCACAACACCGCAGAAGUUUGUGGGUGAGAAGAUGGUGCGCUACAGCUACCCGGAGCUGAACUACGAGCUGGGCAUGAAGUACGAGAAAGAGGCGGAGCUUGUGCAGGUCCACCUGAUGGACCAGGCCAUCAACAAUGCCAUCACCUAUAUGGGGGCGGAGUCUCUGAGGUCCCACCUUGCCCACCCGCAGUACCCAAUGGGCGAUGUGGUGCCCCUCAUCAACCCCCUGUUUCCCCAUCAGGUGUACCCCUUGGCCCCACGCUUGGACCGGCCCAAUAGCCGGGACGCUGUCGCCCCGCCCCUCCCCCCUCCGGAUUUCCCCCCCUCCAGCAAUGGCCCCAUCUCCCUGGUGAGGCCCAGACACCCCCACCCCCAAGCUCCGCGAGAGGAGUCGCCUGGCAACAGCGGCCCGGACUCGGCCGAUUCGGAGCGGAGCAGCCCCCAGGAGCAGCAGCAGCAGCAGCAGCAGCAGCAGCUGCAGCAGCUGCAGCAGGCCCUCCUCCACAACCACCACGCCCCCUACCCGCUCACCGGCCCCGCCUACGCCAAGGAGGUGGGGCGGGGGGCGGAGCCGGCGGCCCGGGAGGGGCCGGAGGCGGGGAAGGCGAGGCCGGCGGUGCUGGAGCGCCCCCCGGGCCGGGACGCGCCGCACCGCGUCUUCAGCAAGGAGGGCCGGGAGGUCCGGGCCUUCCACUGCGAGCACUGCCGCGUGCUCUUCCUGGACCACGUCAUGUUCACCAUCCACAUGGGCUGCCACGGCUACCGCGACCCGCUGCAGUGCAACAUCUGCGGCCACCGCAGCCGGGACCGCUACGAGUUCUCCUCCCACAUCGUGCGCGGGGAGCACACCUUCCAGUAGGGGGCGGCGCGGGAGACGCACGCUCCCUGGCGGAGAUCGGCUGCUCCUGUGACGCAGAUAUAUCCACACGCGCGCACAUGCGCACACACAGACACACACACUUAUAUAUGUACAUAUGAACGCAAACAGCUUGACGCUCAAAUCAUAGUUUUUUGACAGAUUUAUGAAGGCUUGGGUCCAAGAAAUAUUUACUCUGUUUUUACACUGAAGCGAGCCGUCUGAAGCAAGAUUGGGAAAAGGUGAUUGAUGAAGUUUUAUGUCAUUUUUUUAUUUUCUCCCCACUUAACAAAACGAAACAAAAAGUUCCACCAAAGGUACGGAUUGUCUUCUCAGGGUGUAUCUGUAGUCCCGUCUUAGCAGAGCAGCUAUGUACGUGAAUUUUUAUGAAGUUUUACGAUUUCCAUGUUUCUUUUAGCAGCGUCUACAUGUUGAGCCAUUUCUCUGAUGUUUACAUCACGGAGCAGUCUGCUUAUUUAUUAUGCUCCGUGUUCCUUAUUCACCCUGCCUAGUGCGUGACCCCUGACCUGGCCAUGUCCACACACAGUCAGCAAUGUAUUACCUGUUACACGGUUAUAACUAAGUGUGCCUAAAAUAUGCCUUCUGAAAUGUUUUUAAUUUUAUGUGACCAAUAUGGUAAGAACGGUUAGCCUGAACUCAAAGAGUGUGACACCCUCUUUUUGACAUCCGCGUUAAGCUAAUUUAGUGGAAACGUGAGUCAAACUGCUUUCGACAAAACAUGAACGUGAGACCAGUACCUGAACUGACUCAGGAGAUUUGCAAGAAAGUCACUCCAAAACAGGCACCUUAACUGAACUUCCUCUCUCCCUGCGCGGCGUCUGAGCGUUCUCGAGUCGCGGCUCCAGCUGAGAGAGUCUGUGGAACAGAUGCAGUAACCACGGAGACCGUUGCUCCUCGAUACCGCCUUUUGUUGAGCUGUUAGCGGCCCGGUAACGUGUUGAAGUGUUUCUUUUCAUGUUUUCCACUGUCAGCUGCGGUUAAGUAGAGCGUGUCACGUUUACUGGGAAUGGCAGUUGAGGUGAGGUCAGUCGUUCAGCGGUGUGUAAUAAUGUAGGAACUCCUGUUUAAAAUACACUCUCCGAGCACUUUAUUAGGUUGUAUUACACCUACUCAUUCAUGCGAUUAUCUAAUCGGCCAAUUGUGUGGCAGCAGUGUAAUGCAUAAAAUCAUGUCGAUACGGGUCAGGAGCUUCAGUUAAUGUUCGCAUCAACCAUCAAAAUGCGGAAAAAAUGUGAUCUCAGUUAUUCUGAUCGUGGAAUGAUCGUUGGUGGCAGACAGGGUGGUUUGAGUAUCUCAGAAAUUGGUGAUCUCCUGGGAUUUCCAUGCACACUAGUCUCUAGAGUUGCAAAGAACGGUGCGAAAAAUAUAUUCAAAAAUCCAGUGAGCAGCAAUCCUGCAGAUAGAAGCACCUCGUUAAUGAGAGGAGAAUGGCCAGACUGUCAGACCUGACAGGAAGGUGACAGUGAUGCAAAUAACCACACAUUACAACAGAGGUGUGCAGAAAAGCAUCUCUGAACACAACACAUCAAAACUCUAGUGGAUAGGCUACAGGAGGAGAAGUCUAAUAAAUACCUAAUAAAGUGCUCACCGAGUGUAUGUAGGUUUUACUAAUAGGUCCACGGCUUGUCAUUUCACAAUUCAAAAAGAAAACCAGCUAUAAACACGUAGUGUUUUUAUUGUUUCCUCAUAGUCAUUUUCACAGUUUCUAAUGCACUUCGCAGAAAUGGAAGAAAAGCACUCACACAUAAUACAUUCCAGCUGUACUCGGAGGGAAAGCCUGGAGUUCUUUUUGGUUCUGUUGCUGAAUGGUUUGCGACAAUUUGCAACGUCCAACUCUCUCCCAAUUGCAUCCUGUUCGGAUACAGAACAGGGUACAGUGUGAACUUUUCCUAAGCACCGAAUCUGUUUAUCAUGCUAAUACUGUACAGUGAUAAAAAAACUAAAAUAAAAAAAUGAUUUAGGGUGAUGUUCCACCUCCAGACACAGGAGACUGUGUUCAGACUUCUCUACAACAAACUAGUGGCUACAUGGUACGAGGCACGCUACUCGCGACAGUGGAUUGUUUUUCGGCAUUUGUUUUUCACUGUGGCAUUAUCUUCACAAAAACAUGUAGCGUAUCCAUGGUUUGCUUGUCCUUAUCCAAAGAAACUUAAUCUAUCUUCCUAGAUCACACAAGGGAUGAGUUUUCCACUAUACUGGCUAAAUCAUCGUAACUCAUCUGGGUAAAUCAGAAUAGUAAAUUGUUGAGAUGUUGUAGGAACUCAUUUGUUUACAUAAUUAUGCACCGUUUACUCAUUGCAGUGGAAGGUGGGGGUGAUUAUUUAUUGUUCUUCUUUUUUUUUCUUUUUUUUUCUUGGCUCAGUGAUAUUAUCCGUGUUCACCGAUGUGUUGUUCAUAUUUAACUUCAUUGCAUUAUCGCAAGAAUCAUCUUUGUGUUCAUUCAUGCCUUUAAGAUCAAGCGUCUUCGUGAGUAAAUAAUACAACUUCCUGCUUAUUGGAUGGUGGAGUAGUAAUAUCGAUAUGUUAUUCCUAAUGACUUUAUUUGCUGGCCAUAUGAGGAAACCUGCUUAGCAUUAUAUUAUAUUAAAUCCAUGCAAAAUGACCAAAAUAGCUUCUAGAGUAACUCCUUCACCAGCAAAGUAUUGCAAAACUGUAAGAAGUGAAAGCUUUCCUCUCAAUCGCUUUACGUUGACUUUAUGUCCACAAGCAUUGAAGGUGUACUUCUGUAAUUAUGUGUGGGGGGUGGAUAAUGGUACACUUUGUGCUGGAACAAUGUCACAGACAAACUGAAAGAGAGGACUCGUCAGUAUCGUCAGGCUCUGGUAGGUGUGCCGUUUACAGAUGUCUAAAGCUUUAAUAUCUUCCAUGGUGCUCUUUUCUUUUUUGCUUGCUUGCAAAAAAGCUUCUUCUUGUAUGCACUCACUUUGGAAAGCCCUUUGCAAGAAUGCAAGAACUGUGAAUUUUUUUAAUGAUCACGAGAAGGAAGAACACGUAGUCCUAACUGAGAAGGAUCGGAACUGGUGGCCAGUUUCACUAUUCUGUUGUAAAUACAAAAUACAAUUUUACUGAUCUCGCAUUUUCCACAAAAAUGAAAAUCAUAAAACCGUUCAUUAUAAGGGCAUUCUAAUGAGCAUCCCAAACAAAUGUCACAUUCUUACAAACUUUGUUUGAAUUUGUACUGUUCUUUAUUUUACUUUAUCUAUGAAAACUGGGGGCCUUCUUCGUUGAUUUUGAACAAAGUGACAUAGGGGUUUUGUCUCUGUCUUUUUACCAUGUUGUGUUGACUAUACAGAUACGAUAAAUUAUGUUUUAAAAGGAAUAUGAAGUAUAUAAUAUAUAUAUCAGCAAUUUACAUGAACACAAGUAAACAAAGUGGUUGGAUAUUUAAUAUACUUGAAACCAUGGAAACCCCAGUUGAGCACAGAGUGCAUUUUACACACGAAAAGUGCAAUAGCUGGCUAUUUUUUCAAAGUAUAAAUUGUGUAAAUAUAAAAAUAAAAAAAGGCUUUUUGAAAUGUUUUGCAAAUGAACAAACUGGAAGAGUAAAUGGCUGCAGUUUUUUGUAAUAUAUAUACGUAAUAUAUGCAUGAUUUGCAUAUAUUUUGGUACUGAUUUUGAAAUGGGGUUUACUGUGCUUUACCUGUGCUGAAUACCGUGUAGUCUAAUAAAUGUAGGGAUCUCAGGUACUUAUGUCUGCGGGGGGAGUCUUCCUGUGUGCAUCAUUCCGUGCUCAAUAUGGGGCACGUUUGCUUUUUCCUUUUCUCUUGGCAGCUGUGUGCUUUUUCCACAAUGAAGAAACGGAAGAGGAUUUAUGAAAUAUGUUUGUGUAUUUGAAUGCACACCCUACACAGUGUUUUUCUUUUCUUUUAUUGUGUUGUUUUUGAGGGAGACACUGUUGUGCAGUGUUACAUUAUAAAGCAUGGGCCAUUUCACAUUAAAAAAACUGAUUUAA